UCUCCUCCUCCUUUGUCUAUAUAUAUUUACUCUCUUGUCUCUCAUUUUAGCUAUCAGAGACACAGAAUCGCCACCACCAUAUAAUAGAUAUUUACGCACACUCACUUCCACUCUCUUCCUUCAUUUAGUUUAUAUAUAGUUCAUUUCCUCUUCUAAAACAACAAUAGUUCAUAUAGUCCAUUUGACUUCACAAGGUUAUUUCUUAGCUUGCUUCCAUGGGAGACAAUGUUGUAGUGUCCAAUAUGGAGCUAGAGAGGUUGCUUAGCAUGAAAGGAGGCAAAGGAGAGGGAAGCUAUGCCAACAAUUCCCAAGCACAGGCCAUACAUGCCAAGUCCAUGCAUCACCUUCUCAAAGAAGCCCUAGAUGGAGUUCAACUUCAAGCCCCUAACAUGCCAUUUGUGGUUGUGGACUUGGGGUGUUCAUGCGGAAGCAACACCAUCAAUGUGGUGGAUUUGAUCAUCAAGCACAUCAUCAAACGCUAUGAAGCCUUGGGAUUAGACCCACCUGAGUUUUCAGCUUUCUUCUCUGACCUUCCUAGCAAUGACUUCAACACCCUCUUUCAGCUCCUUCCUCCCUUGGCCAACUAUGGAGUAAGCAUGGAAGAGUGCCUUGCUGCCAAUAACCACCGCUCCUACUUUGCCGCCGGAGUACCCGGCUCCUUCUACCGGAGACUAUUUCCGGCAAGGUUCAUUGAUGUUUUCCACUCAGCCUUUUCCUUGCAUUGGUUAUCUCAGGUGCCAGAAUCUGUUUUGGACAAAAGGUCAAGUGCAUACAACAAGGGCAGGGUGUUUAUCCAUGGUGCUAGUGAGAUCACCGCAAAUGCUUACAAAAAUCAAUUCCAAACAGACUUAGCAAGCUUCUUGAGAUCAAGGGCAGUGGAACUGAAGAGAGGGGGGUCCAUGUUCUUGGUUUGCUUAGGCAGAACUUCUGUGGACCCCACAGACCAGGGUGGGGCUGGCCUCCUCUUUGGGACCCACUUUCAGGAUGCUUGGGAUGAUCUUGUCCAAGAGGGAUUAAUUAGCAGUGAGAAAAGAGACAGUUUCAACAUUCCAGUGUAUGCACCAAGCCUGCAAGACUUCAAGGAGGUGGUUGAAGCUGAUGGUUCAUUUGCCAUAAACAAGCUUGAGGUUUUCAAAGGUGGAAGUCCUCUUGUGGUGAACCAGCCAGAUGAUGAUAGUGAAGUAGGGAGGGCCCUUGCCAACAGCUGCAGGAGUGUGUCUGGUGUCCUUGUUGAUGCUCACAUUGGUGACAAGCUUAGUGAAGAACUGUUUCUGAGAGUGGAACGUAGAGCCACAAGCCAUGGCAAAGAGUUAUUAGAGCAACUACAGUUCUUUCACAUAGUUGCAUCCCUUUCUUUUGCUCUAUGAUAAUAAUGAGACAAACAUAACAAGAGGCAAAGAAAGGGUCUUAUCUAGUUCUCUUAUUAUCCCUCUCUUUCUUUUUGUGUGUUGUUUUUUGUACUUUUUAUUGCAUAGAGAGUCAAAACACACAUGAGAGAGACAGAAAAGAGGGUUCAGCACUGGCUUCCUCUAUUUUUCUCCCUCUUAUGAGUGUUUUUUUGUGUGUUCUUGCUGACAGUAGCUACUUUCUACACAUCAUGUGUUUUCUGACUUGUGUCCCCUUAUAUCAGAACUAUGAAAAUAGCUUAUCAUAGUGUGGAUGUCCAUAUUUUGUGAAAGUAGCAUGAAUGGAACGGUGUGCCUUCUGUGCCUAACAAGCUGGAGUGUUGAAUAUGCCAUUUGAUGAAUGAUGAAUCACCUCUUCCUUUC